AUGAGCUCCAGAGCAGCUGCAAUCAACUUCUCAAAGGGCAGUGAAGAAAAUGAACCUAAAAAAUCGAUGCAAAUGGCUCCACAGCCAUCAGAAGAGCCGUCUGCACCCAUGAUGAGCAGGUACGGGAUCGGGGCCAAGCUACUAUCGAAAAUGGGUUACAAGCAGGGGAAAGGCCUGGGUAAAAAUAACGAAGGUAUAACUGCUCCAAUUGAGACUCAAGAACGACCUCAAGGUGUCGGACUGGGCAUGCCCAGUAUGAUGGCUGCACCCAGAGGUUUCGACGAGUCCUACAGCGCUGAGAGCUCGGAUGAAGAGCUCAUCGCAAGCACAUCUGUGGCUUCCAAAGACGUCCAAUUUACUUCUGGCAAAGUACUGGAGGCGGAUCCAGAAAGAUUAGAUCAGCUGAGAGCCGCGGGACAUGCAGAACUGGCGGAUAGACUCGAACGGAAAUCUGGCACAUACGCGCAAAAAAUAGAGAUGGGACGUGCUGUAAGUGAGCUCACACAUGUUUGCAAUAGACUUGAUAGAUUACGACUUCAGCUCUUCGCCCUGGAUUCGGAAAUCAAUGGCUGCUCCGAAGAAGAAGCAGAAGUGCUAGGCCUACAACGUCUGGUAAACGAUGAGUCAAUGCCAUCGAUGGAUAAAAUAAGCUCAGCUUUAACGCUCGCCAAUCCGCAACUUGUAGAUACGAUAAUAGCAUAUUUGCUAACGGAUUUUUUCGAGAAAGAUGCCGCAUGGAAUCCACUUGACUUUGACAGUGACAGUCUAAUGUUUUGCAACCAAAUUAUUGAAGCCCUGUCCUACAGUAUGGAUUCAAAGGAGUCAAAACUUAAUAAAACGCAAAGUGUUGUUCACCGCCGUGUCUUCCCCGUACUCCAACCUUUCUGGGAGAAUUUCGAGCCGUCGGCAGAUGAGGUCAAGAUUAUGUUGCAGCUACUUUUGAAUUACGAGGGAAUUCUCAAGUUCAUCAAUUGCCUUCCCUUUAUUUUGCAGAAAUACAUUGUUCCCGCUCUGAGUCGCGCGAUAAGCGUCUGGAAAGUGGGCGAAGAAUUGUCAUGUCCGCCUACCAUGUGGUAUUUUGAUUUCAACGUUUUCCUGACACAAGACGCAUGCCAAUUGCUAGAGGCCCAAAUUGCUGAGAGGUUCGAAGAAUAUUGCAAAAAUUGGUAUCAUAGAGACAGUCCGAUAAGAGAACUGGACUUUCGAUUUCUAAGAGAAGUCUUGUCACCAACUGUCUUCGAUAAGAUUGUGGAGGAUGAACUUUUGCCCAGAUUCGUGGAACAGUUGUGGGAUCGUUAUUUCGAUCCUCUCUUGGCUAUAGAAGACCCAUCUGAACAAUCUUUGGGGUACUUCAUGUCCAAAUUCAACGAAUGCAAGUUCAUAUUUUCAGAAAGAAUUCUGAAUCUUUUUACGAAGGCCAUUUUUAACGAUAUCAACCGUGUUCUUUACCAGUGGCACUGUUUUGCGAAGCACACAUUUGAGCAGGAGGCAAAAUCAUGGUUCUUUGCCUUCAUUAAUCACUUCUACGUGCACGCAACGGCUCAGGAGUUUGCUGAAGUCGAAAAAACACUUCGUUUCUUACAGUCGCCGUCCGAGGAACCUAUCCAUGACGAGUCAAAAACUAUAAUAGAGGCCCUGAGACUGGGAAGCGAGAAAACUAUGGAUCUAAAUUUCAGAUCAAUUCCACUUUCCAAGCUGACCGUUACCUUCCGGGAAGUUGUUCAGGACUACUGUGACGAACAUGGCUUUUUCUUCCGCAAACUCAGCAACAAAACUGCAAAGCUGCCAGUUAACACCAGGAAAUUGGCAGUAGUUCCAGUAUUUGAGCUGCGGUCGGAAACCAAAGUAUAUGAAGUGGCCAUCCAUGAGGAUGUGCUGUGGUUGAAAAAUGCGCAGCAGGAGUACCGCCCGGUGUUUCUGUGGGAACUAGACGAUAUUUCCUUCUGA